GGACGUCGUGCAGGAAGAAGUUUCAUCGAGAUACAAUCAAAUUCCCGCAUUGUCGCAGGCUCGAUGCUACACUGCGUCGCAAUAAGAAAAAGAUUUACGAAAAGAGAGGAGGGGAAAGAUGAAAAUAAAGAGAAUUUGGUUGAAGAGGAAAGUCCAUUAGACGAAAAUAUUUUACAAGCUCUGGGAGAAGAUCCGAUUGAGGAGGAAAGUGCUGAAAUUAAAUUGCAUUCAUCAAUUGCAAAAAGAUGGAAGCACUGGUUUAAUAAUGGACUAAAAGAAACAGAAAAAGAGAGAUUAACUAAAAAGUACCUCAGACUUAAAGGUCUGAUUGUACCUAAAUUAAAUCCGGAGAUUGCAAUCAUGCUGACUGAAUCAUCUAUUACAAGAGAUAAACACUUUGCUGAAAGACAACAGUUAGCAACAUCAGCACUGGCUGCGCUUGGUUCGGUAAUAAGGGAUAUCGCGGAAGAGAAGGACGGUAUCAAUAUAGUUAGUUUUGUAGAAAAAAUAAAUGAUGCUGUAAAGCUAAUAAACCAUAUAACAUUUGAGGAAACGCAAUCUCACAAGGCGUUCAUACUCCCAAUGGUGGAGAAACAAUGUAAGACUCUUCUUAAGGAGUCGGAGACAGACAGUUUCCUAUUUGGUACAAAUUUAGGAGCAAGAAUUAAAGAAGCUCAAAAUUUGAACAAGAUGGGACAGAAUUUAAAAAUACAAAGUUCUCAUUCACCAAUGAGAAGAAUUCCUCUCCAAACUGGAAAUUUAAACUACCAAAACCUGCAGUCGUGGAGACCGGCAUACGCCACUGCAGGGAAUGGAAAUCAGUAAGGUCAAGCCAGGAACAGAUUUUAUUUCAAAAACAAACAACAGCCAUACAACCCACGGGUCCAGAGUCAAGGAACGUUCAAACCCAGGAACCCCAAAGGACAAAAAUGAACGUAGGUAA